GAGCCUGUUGCUGGCAUGGCCCUGAUCCCUCCACACAGGCUGGGGAGCAGGGAGUUGGAGUCAGAAGCAAAGGUCGAUGGAGAGACUGCAUCCGACAGUGAGAGCCGAGUGGAAGCUGUCACCCAACCAACUUCUGCAGACGACACCCCAGAGGUCCUCAACCGGGCCCUUUCCAACUUGUCUUCAAGAUGGAAGAACUGGUGGGUGAGAGGCAUCCUGACUUUGGCCAUGAUUGCAUUUUUCUUCAUCAUCAUUUACCUGGGACCAAUGGUUUUAAUGAUGAUUGUGAUGUGUGUUCAGAUUAAGUGUUUCCAUGAGAUUAUCACCAUCGGCUACAAUGUCUACCACUCCUAUGACCUGCCCUGGUUCAGAACGCUCAGCUGGUACUUUCUACUGUGUGUAAAUUAUUUCUUCUAUGGUGAAACAGUGACAGAUUACUUCUUCACCCUAGUCCAGAGAGAGGAGCCUUUGCGGAUUCUCAGUAAAUACCACCGAUUCAUCUCCUUUACCCUUUAUCUAACAGGAUUCUGCAUGUUUGUGCUGAGUCUGGUCAAGAAGCAUUAUCGACUGCAAUUUUACAUGUUUGGCUGGACCCAUGUAACAUUACUGAUUGUUGUAACCCAGUCGCAUCUCGUUAUCCACAACCUGUUUGAAGGCAUGAUCUGGUUCAUCGUCCCCAUCUCUUGUGUGAUCUGUAAUGACAUCAUGGCCUAUAUGUUUGGCUUCUUUUUUGGUCGGACCCCACUCAUCAAGCUGUCCCCGAAGAAGACCUGGGAAGGCUUCAUUGGGGGUUGCUUUGCUACUGUGGUCUUUGGCCUUCUGCUGUCCUACGUGAUGUCCGGGUACAGAUGCUUUGUCUGCCCUGUGGAGUACAACAAUGAUACCAACAGCUUCACCGUGGACUGUGAGCCCUCGGAUCUGUUUCGCCUGCAGGAGUACAACAUUCCUGGGGUCAUCCAGUCGCUCAUUGGCUGGAAAACAGUCCGGAUGUACCCCUUCCAGAUUCACAGCAUCGCCCUCUCCACUUUUGCCUCACUCAUCGGGCCCUUUGGAGGGUUCUUCGCUAGUGGAUUCAAGCGAGCCUUUAAAAUCAAAGACUUUGCCAAUACCAUUCCUGGACACGGAGGCAUCAUGGAUCGCUUUGACUGCCAGUAUCUGAUGGCCACCUUUGUCAAUGUGUAUAUCGCCAGUUUUAUCAGGGGCCCGAACCCAAGCAAGCUGGUUCAGCAGUUCCUGACCUUGCGGCCUGAUCAGCAGCUCCACAUCUUCAACACACUCAGGUCUCACCUGAUGGACAAGGGGAUGCUGACAGCUGCCACGGAGGAUGAGUAGGGCCACCCAGGGCUGGGAGAGCAGGGACAGGACUGAGGGCAGGGCUCCAAGGCAGGUCCCACUGGUAUAACUCAGAUGAAGACAAGGCUUCAACUCACUGACUUUUUUUUUUAAAUAGUGUUUUUUAUUUGUGGAUUUAAAAAAAAAAAUCUGUAUACAGUCUAUGUGCUUACAGUGUGGGUUGUGAGUAAACUACAACUUUGGGAUUGGAAAGAAGUCAUUGGGGUAAAACCAUUUGGGUUUUUUUAACCAGGAAUUUAUAGCAACCUGGAAGACAGUGUUGCCCAGCUCUGGUGAGCCUGCCUGGUGCUCCAGCUCCCAAGCUGAAGUUUCCGUUUCUGGACUUGAUCAGAGUGGAGGUUUGUCCAGUUUGGCCCCCUGCUCCCUCUCGCCCCCCAGCUGUCUUCAUAGCUGAGCCCCAGCAGGGAAGAGGUGCACGGCUUGGAUGUCUUCACUACCGGAAGCGCUUUCCCUGGGCUUCUGGAUAAUCCCCCCCCCCCCCCCCCCCCGCCCGGAGCUUCAGGAGGUUUGCCUUCUGUAGGCUAGAGGAGUGAAAGCUUAUUAAUCAGAUAAGAGUUCUGUCCAUGAAAUCCUGUGGUGUAUGAGCGCUGCUUUAUGACAUGGGUUCACCUUAAUUCAUCACGGACUGAAAGAAGGUUUCAGUUUUUAUUUUUUUCAGAAAGCAUGAAAAAUAGUAAUAGUCUGGGGAGAAAGUAACACUGUACUAUUGCAAGUAUAUGCAGUAGAAUGUACUGUACCUGGGCCCUUUCCCACAGGUUUUCGGUUCAGGUGGCUCCUGGAGGGCGGUCUGGCUAACUGGGUCUUUUCAGGGAUGAUGCUGUUCACAUUUGUGCUGUAGACUCAUUGCUGCCGAAUCCUUUCUGGGGGCCUCCCCGUUAGGCAGGGAACAGGGGGCUCCUCGUUCACUCACCCACACCCUUGGCCUGGCUUGACCAUCCAUGUAGCUGCUGUGUUGUAUUUAUAUGACUCUUGAGGCAAGUGUGGAUCUGUGUGUGUGUGUUUUAAAAAUCACUUAUUUCUUAGUGAUUUCAAUUGUACCAUGACUUCCUCACUGAAGCCACAAAGCCCUGCUUACGACUCUGGGUCUCCCAACCGGAUGAGAGGUUUUGAAUCUUCUGAGGAGCCGAUGUAUACUUGUUAUGUAAUGUGAUCAGUUUCAAUGUCAUUUGUAUGUUACAGGGGGACCUUCUUUCUUUUAAACUGUGAUUUAUUUAUUUUUUUUUCCUUUGAGUUAGAGAAGCGAGGUGGAAUGUUGGAGUAUCUGUUCUUUGUCAGGACAAUGAGCCAGAGAGUAGAGGAGGGCAUGCUUCGUGCCCAAACAUGUUCCCUUAUUCUGUGCCACGGUGGUCCUCGUUGCCAAAUGGCAGUCACAGCUUGCUCCACAGCACUGUGGUCUGGUGCUGCUCUGCUUUGUUGGCCAGCCCCACUGCCUCCUUGGAAGCACACAGUCGGCCCAGAUCCCUAGAGUGUACAGCACAGCCAGACCCCUCUUGACUGUCAGCUCACAGUUGUGACCUUCCAUGUGUGGCUGCUUCUUUCUUCUGCACUUUCAUGUCUAUUGUAGUUCAUGGCGUCUCUUUUCCAGCCCAAAGCCCCCUUGUGUGUUUUUACGCGGGGUUUUGACCCUGGUUGUGUGACUGGGCAGGACGUGUCACCCCGUGGGUCCUCUUUUCUGAGCUGUCUUCUAAUCCCAGUGUUCUGUGGUUCUGGCUGAGCGAGCACAUGUACCAGAGGCUGCUGUGGGUGUUGGGCUGUGUCCCCGGCGUUGAAAAAUCAAGUGUUUUCAGGCCUUUUCUAAAUGCUUGUCCUUAGCAGUCAGUCAUAAACCGUGCAGGUGAUUAGUAACAAAUCUAGUUUUCUGAUUGAAGAAUGAACCUGGUUCCUCAAGUCAGAGAUAGAAUGGCACCUCUCCUGUUGCCCCACUGUGGGCAGAUGAGGGGGUCCUGGGGAGCAAGUAGUCUCGGCUGGGACGUAGCAGCAGAGAGCCACCUUGAAUAGUCCGCCUGGGGGUUCAGGGAGCUGAGGGGGGGCAGUGGAGCUACCUGCAAGAAGGCCAGAGGGUCAGCUGGGGUUUUGUUUUCUUCUGACUUCCUCACAUGCUUGCUGGUGAAGUAAGGGGGAUUUCAUAGUGGAGAAGCCAGGAGACGGAUGCUCCUUGUGUCUUUGCCACACAUUGUUUUUCACACAUUGUUUUUCUUACUCCCAUUUAUUGAAGAUCUUGCACGGUACAGACAAGUUUCCAGAGACUGUUGUAACACACACCUGUGCAAGUCUUGAUGAGUGGCAUAACAAUUUGCUUCGAAUCUUUUUUUUUUUGGCCAGAAAUAAAAUAUGACAAGUUGUGUGUCCUCCCUUUCUGUGGAUUCAGUGCCUCACUUCCAUGCAUGGUUCUAUGUUUCUCACUUUUUUUGGUAAUCAUAUGUAUUGUGCAGUCCUGAUUUAGAGGUUUUGUUUUCUUUGCCAAUUUAAAUCCUAUACAUUUUCAUGGCAGCCUUCUGAGGUCCUUGGGGUGAGAGGCACCUUACAGGUGAGGAAACCAAGGGCCAGAGGGGACAGCAUCUCCCCGCCCCCCACCCCAGGUCACCAGGUGGAGUCCAGACUUUCCCCAUCUCAGGCUCUCUGCCAGCUGGGACGAGGCCACAUCACCAUGGCCCCGUCACCUUUGGGAAAGCGCAGCCUCCUUCCAGCAAGCUUAGGAGGCCUGACAUGCGUGCCAGGUUUGGAGCUUAAGUUGCUGUUGGCUCCUGCUCGGUGACAUAAGCAGCUGAUGAACAAGGGUGUCACAGAACCAGGGAGCAUCUGCAGGGGCUGGGCCUGGGUGCCCCCCCUGCUGAGGUCUUGCUUGUAGAACACCCGAGCCUUUUCCCUUUGCAGCCACAUGCUACACUCAUAACUGCUCUCAGCAUCGAAAAAAUACAUGUUUAUGUUUUGCUCCUGAAAGUGAAACCCUGGAAGGCAGCCUGGGUCUUAUUAUGUUUAUUACGUUCUGCCUGUUUCAUACUCUGAGCAUUUUAGGAGCUGUAGUUGAACUGUAUUUAAGGUGUAUUUCCAGUUAGUGGUGUACAAUUCUAUAAUGUAUGUUUGAAACUAGUGUCUCUUUCAGAAGGGGCAGAAUUUAACUUUUAACCUUCCGCAGGUGGACUUGGAAACCAUUUUAUGGGAUUUAUUUUUCCCCACUGGACUUUUUAUCCUGUAACUUAUAUUAUGCAAGAUGAUUUCAAAAAUAUAUUUUAAGGGAGACUGAACAGACUCUUUGAUUUGAGUGAGCUAGUUGCUGAGCUGGCUGGAGGCUGAUUUGAAUGGAUCUGUGAGUUCAGAUCUUCAAACUGUCAGUGAGCCGCCAGCAGGCUUGGGAGCAUCCCUGAUGCCACCAGGUUUGGGGUGUGUGACAGAUUCGGCCAAGAACGUCAUCGCUUGAGAAACUGGACGGCAGUGGCCUUGUUGCAUAAGAAGCCCUCCCGAGGUCAGUUUCCAAGGAAGCCGAUCUAUGUCACUCUACUAAAGGUGGCACCGCUUCUGUGUCACUGGUAUCUUAGGCACCAUGACUUUUUGUCUUUGUACCUAGGAGAGGGGGGAGGGGAGGGGCAGUUUCCCUCAGGCCCAGGGUUCCUGGCCUUCCACAGUCUGGGCAGGGAGACUGCCCAGGGGACUGUCGUACACACCGCGCAUGACAACUAACCAUGGGCCGACUCACUGUGCUUGUCCAUAGCAGGGCCUCUGAACAAGUGGCUGGAACAAACCAGCAGCUCCCUGAAGAGGGUCUGAUUCCUGGGCAGAGCCCCAGUAUUCCGUCUUUGUCUCGGUCAAAACAAACUUCCUUUCCGCUUGAUUACCCUUCACGAAGUUGCCCACCUUGCACUUUUUGAAGAGAUCACCCGCUCCCACUUCCUGACUUGGUUUCCCGUGUUGGCUGGGGGCCUCCAUAGGGUGCUGGGCCUGGGCCAAGUGGUGAUGACUGAGCAUAACUGAAGGGCCCUUCUAGGCCCACAUCCUCUUGGUGCGGGCUCUGCUCACCCAUGUUCUCUGCAGAAGGUGGGGCCCAUUCUCAGCCAGGAAUUGGAGUCCCUGCUGCUGACUGCCUGCUUCUAUUUGAAGGAGGCCCCAUCUUUCUCUUCCUCCCAGCACCGUCCCCCCUUUCAGGUUGACCAGCAGUGACCUUACUCACCUGGGCUCUCAGGUGCAUAGAGGCUCUUCUUCCUCAGGGCCGCCUCUUGAUAGAGUAAGGCUUUCAACCUGUCAUAUGUGCACCAUGUUUUCAAAGGCAGGGAUUUUGGCUGGGAGGGUAGCUGGGGAGAGGCGUACUUUGGGUGUGGAAGUGUUGAGGUUUUAGAACCUGUGGAUGGUUUAUGAAAAUAGAGGCCCAGACUUUGUAAAAUCUAGGGUUUUAUGGCCAGUGGCUUUCAAAUCCAUGGGCUCUUUGAAAACCCUGUCCUCCUCCUCCCCGCUUCUACCAAAUGCUCAUCUGUUGAAUCUCCUAUUUAUUUUUUGAUUUUUUUGUCUUUGUCUUUUUUUUUUUUUUUAGGGUCACAUCUGUGGGAUAUGGAGGUUCCCAGGCUAGGUGUCAAAUCGGAGCUAUAGCCACUGGCCUACAACACAGCCGCAGCAAUUCAGGAUCUGAGCUGUGUCUGUGACCUACACCGCAGCUCCUGGCAAUGCUGGAUCCUUAACCCACUGAGCGAGGCCAGGGAUCGAACGUGCACCAUCAUGGUUACUAGUCGGAUUCAUUUCCACUGCGCCACAACAGGAACUCCUCUUUUUUAUUUUUGAGUCAUUAAGUUACCAGCAGUUUAUUAGUAAUAAUUGAAAUAAUAGUAAUAGUGCUUAAUAUGUGCCAGGCACAGUGCUAAGGAUUUCCAUACAUUAUCCCUUUUAAUCCCAAAAAACCAACCUUUGAUUAGGUAUUAUCCCCAUUUUAUAUGUGAGGAAAAGGAAGCACUGUGACACGCUGAGGGCACUGAAUGGUUAAGAAGACAGACUUUGAGAUCCAAGAGCCCUAGGUUUGGACAGGGUACUAGAUGCAGUUCCAACCCUGUUGGCUCUGAUAAUAGCACCUCCCUUGUGGGGUAGUUGUGAGGGUUUUAUGAAAUAAUAUGCCGUAAACAUUUGGCACAGUGCCUGGCGUGUAGUAAGCACUCAGUAAAUGGUAGCUGUUUUUAUGGAACUCACUGGUAAUUGGAACCCAAGUUAGUAUAAUGCCAGAGACUGGGUCUUGGCCACUGUGCUGCCCUUGCCCUUCACACAGCCUGGGUGUACGAAGUCUAGAAAGCAAGUGCACCCUCCUUCUGAGAGAAGCAGUGCAACUUUAGCCCCUACCUGUAGCAUCUGGGUACUUCCUUCUUUGUUCAGAGAGCCAGCCUGACAAAAGGGAAGAGGGUAUGGAGGUUUCAGUAGGAACGGUUUGCCUGCACCCUGCUGGCCCUCGUCGAGACUUUCCAAAGGAAGGAGCCCCUUUCCUUUUGCCCCAUUGUUGCCCCCACUCCACUCCUUGAGCAGCGAGGGCCUAUCUGUGCCUUGGUCUGGACCCCUUGUCCCCCUCUGCCAAGAACUGUGCUCUGUGCACACAGCUUAGGAAGCUGCAGCUGUUCUCUGAAUGAGCAGGCACCACAGGGCCCAAGAAGAGUGGGAGAGAGAAAGCGUCUCUGUAGUGGCUGGUAACACAGAAGGAGAGCCCGGACACUCUCGCUCAUGUCCGUACCCGCCAGGCUUUGUGUUUCUUGCUUUCCUACAAGUGUUAACAGGAUAGAUGCAGGGGACCCGGUGAGGAUAGGUGAUACGGGGGAGUUUCUGUUGGAUUCUAGGAUAGCGAAGGGCCACAUGUGAUUCGUGAAUGGAGACUAGGCACUGGAUUGAGUGACAAAUAUUUCUUUUCAUUUUUCAAAUGGAAACCGGAUUUGGGGAAAGUGUGUGUGAGGUGUGGAGCGUUCUUCGCUUUGAAGGAAUGGCAUUGACGGGAUCCAUGGAGUUCUAAAGCCAAGAGAAUAGUAAUGAUUAGAACCACUGGCUUGACUGUGGCCUGUUUCCUGAGUGUUGGUGGGGAAUGAAGAUCCGGCCCAAAGGCCCCCUGUGUUUAACUGAUGGUCUCUUCCUUUGGUUAGUUGAUGAAUAAGUAGGAUGGGAACCAGGAACAUGGUUGUGGGGGUGGAGUAAGCUGCUGCCAUGGCUGAGCCUGGGCUUGCCCUCUCGCCCUUCAGGACUGGUGCUUGCCAGGCUAGCACCUCCCUCAUCGUUUCAUCUGAUGGACCAGCUGCUUUUUAACUGUAGUGAAAAUGGCUCUGAGCUGGAGGCAGGGAUCCUCUGGGCCUUGGUCUUGAAGAUGCCUCUGCAGAGCUCUCCUGAGCUCUCUGCAGUCUCCCGGGGCUCCCUUUAUGUGGCACUCAGAGCUUUAGUUGGGUGGAGCCGCCUGGUGACCCUGUCCCGGGUGACAGGUUUGCUGACAUCCUCCACAGCGCAGUCUGGGUCCUCGGCUGCUGGAGCUCUCUUUUGUCACCUCUGUCAGGAUCAGGCGCUGGUUUUGCUGGCUUUGUGCCAGGAAUCACCAGCAUAGAAAAAGGGUUAAGAAGAUACGUACAUAUUCUAUUAUAUAAGGUGUUUUGCGAGUGCUGUUUUCACUUAAAUCUUUCACACACAGCACUGUGUGGCUGCCUUAUGUCACACUGGCUGGGUAUCUGGGAGCCGAUAACAAGGGAAGAGAGCUUAGCAGACGUCAGGGCCAAUAAAACCAAAGGCUUGGAGUCAGGGGCAGGAUGCAGGCAGUAUGGUCCAGGCAGAGCACUGUCGAGAAGCCUUGGGGAUGGCAGCAGGAGGAGCACAGGCAGAGGAUAGGCGAGUCCUGUCACUGGCGGAGGCCAGCCCCCUGCAUCUCUCUCCGUGGGGACCAGAAACGGGGCUCAGAAGCCCAUCCAGGGAGAUUCAGCGCUCCUGGAUUGUGGAUUAUCUUCUGGAGUUGAUGCUGAUACCAAGUUUUAAUUUUUUUCAGAUGUUUCAUACUUCCCAAGACAGGAGUGGGAGGCCAAAGUGUUAGAGACGAGGCCCCUCUGUUGAAGAUUCUGGGGAAGGAACCCCGGGGGUGUUGGGUGAGUGAGGCGCCUCCUCACUUCUGUUCACUCUGAAGAUCCGCUUAGUGAGACAUUUUCCCGAAACCUAGAUAUGGCCUCCCCGGCCCCACUGGGGAGUACCAGGUAGUCAAAAGCAGCCCCUGCAGUGUCUGUGCCGCCCUCAGGUUGCCCUGUCCCUGCCUUUGGCAUUUCGCUAAAACCAUGUGUUUUUGCCAGCGCUGACCUUUUCUCUGUGCACUGCCUGAUCAGUAUUGAACAAUACCUGUAGAUUCUUUUUCAAUGCAACGUCAGAACAUGAUAUACUGUACGCUGGGAAAUAGUCACCUUAUUUAUACACCUGAAUCCUCCUAUUCCACAAAUAAACAUCUACUCAAUUCUA